AGUUUCUCUCUCUUUCUCUCACUAUAACAAACUUUCACUUUCUCUUUUAGUUACCUUUCAUGUUGACUUCCUUUUGUAGAUUUCCUCUCUCUGUUUGAUUAUGUCGACUUGGGAAGUUGAAGCUGCAAAGAGAUGGGAAGAAGCUCUUCGUAGAAUGUUACCGGUCGGAGCUCCUUUACCUGAUGAAGAACAUCUUGAUUACUCAAUCGCCGUUGAAUAUGAUGGACCUCCGGUUUCCUACACUGUUCCUCGCGUUGAUCCGAUCGAAUUCGAAUCAGUUUCCAUCCAGACUGCUUCGAUCGUUUCAGGUUCUGAUUUUCCUUCUCUUGUUCCUGUUGCCGUACCGAUUUCUUUCCCGAAUAAGGUUCCUCAGUCGUCUCGUGUUAGAAAUGGAGGUGGUUCCGUUGUUAGUCAGACGAAUGAUUUCAGAACCGAGGAUCUAGAUUCAAGAGGUGGCCGCGAAGAAGCGGAAGAAGCGGAAGAAGAGGAUAGGUUAGGUUCGCCUACUGUUGAUCCGAUUGGGAAUCAGGAAGGAAGACGAGCGCAUAUAGUGACAUUUGAUACAGAUAGGGAUGAGGAGGAUGGAGAAGAGGAUGGAGAUGUUUCGUCGCCGCGGUCGAGUGUAACAGACUCUGUAGCUUCGCCGAUUGCAGUUAGGAAAAGAGAGAAUUGGCUGCAGAGAAGGUCUGGAACUUGCAGUAGGUGUCAGAGACCAAGUAGGUUAAGAGAAAGGGAGGUUUGCAUUGUGUGUGAUGCUAGAUAUUGUAACAAUUGCGUGCUUAAAGCUAUGGGAUCAAUGCCGGAGGGGAGGAAGUGUGUGCCCUGCAUUGGUCUUCCGAUAGAUGAGUCAAGGCGUUCUAGUUUGGGGAAAUGUUCUAGGAUGUUGUCGAAAGUCUGUAGUACUUUGGAAGUUCAGUUGAUUAUGAAGGCGGAAAGGGAAUGUCCUGCAAAUCAGUUGAGACCUGAGCAACUUUUCGUGAAUGGCAGACAGCUGCGCCAGGAAGAGUUGGGUGAAAUAUUGGGAUGUCAAAAUCCCCCUCAAAAGCUGAAACCUGGGAGGUACUGGUAUGACAAAGAUUCUGGACUUUGGGGAAAGGAAGGAGAGAAGCCUGAUAGGAUUAUAACUUCAAAGUUAAAUGUUGGAGGUAAAUUGCGAACUGAUUCAAGCAACGGGAACACAAAAGUCUUCAUAAAUGGCCGUGAAAUCACGAAAACUGAGCUGAGAGUUCUUAAGUUGGCAAAAGUACAGUGCCCUAGGGAUACCCAUUUUUGGGUGUACGAUGAUGGAUCCUAUGAGGAAGAAGGUCAAAACAACAUAAAGGGAAACAUAUGGAGCAAGGCAUCUACUCGUUUCUUUAGUUCAUUAUUAUCGUUGCCUGUGCCACCAACAAAUCCAGUUUUGCCAAAAGAAGAUCCAACGGCAUAUUCCGGAAGGUCUCUGCCAGACCAUCUGGACCAUGGAAGGACUUAUAAAGUCCUACUGACUGGAUUAGAGGGUUGUGGGACAAGCACAAUCUUCAAGCAGGCCAAAUUUUUAUAUGAUAUCAAGUUCAGCACUGAAGAGUUGCAUAACAUUAAGCUUAUGAUCCAAAGUAACAUGUACAAAUACUUAAGUGUUAUUCUUGAAGGGAGAGAGCGUUUUGAAGACGAGGCUUUGGAAAUGCAAAAAGCAACUACUGUGGAUGCUGAAAAUUCUGGUCCAGGUGAAACAAGUGGCAGUAAAAGUGAGUUAUGUGUCUAUUCCAUCAACUCAAGGUUGAAACAUUUCUCUGACUGGUUACUGAAUAUCAUGGCCACUGGAGACAUGGAUGCGUUCUUUCCAGCUGCCACACGUGAAUAUGCUCCAGUUGUGGACGAGAUAUGGAAGGAUACUGCCAUUCAGGAAACGUAUAAGAGAAGAGAGGAGCUUCAUAACCUUCCAGAUGUUUCCAAAUAUUUCUUAGAUCAAGCUGUUGAAAUAUCAAGCAAUGACUAUGAACCUUCAGAGAAGGACAUAUUAUACGCGGAAGGAGUCACUCCCAGUCAUGGCCUUUCUUUCAUUGAAUUUUCAUUCGAUGACCACAGCCCAAUGUCCGAAGUAUUCAAUGAAAACUUUGAAAGCCAACUUCCUUUAACCAGGUACCAGUUAAUUCGAUUAAACUCGAAAGGACUACUAGAAGGUUGCAAAUGGUUACAAAUGUUCGAGGACGUAAGAGUAAUAGUCUUCUGCGUGUCACUAAGCGACUACGAUCAGAUGUGGGCCCCACAAGGAACAACAACAGUUCCUCUCCAAAACAAAUUACUAGCGAGCCGAGACUUAUUUGAAAAUCUAGUAAAACACCCAAGUUUCGGCAACACACUGAUCGUGCUAGUACUAAACAAGUACGAUUCAUUCGAAGAGAAAGUGAACAGAGUCCCAAUCACAGUGUGCGAAUGGUUCAAGGAUUUCAACCCGUUGAAACCACAUAGCAAUAACUCUCAGCUUGCAAACCAAGCUUAUUAUUACAUGGCUGUAAAAUUCAAGGAGCUAUACAGUUAUCUAACGGGAGGAAGGAAGCUUUUCGUUUGGCAGACGAAAGCUAGGGAGAGAGCUUCGGUGGAUGAGGCAUUGAAGUAUAUAAGGGAAGUUGUGAAAUGGGAUGAAGGAAAAGAUGAUAAUUUGAUGGGGAGUGGAGGAGGAGAUGAUUCUAUUUAUAGUACAGAAAUCAGUUCAUCACCUUAUAUUAGGCAGGAAUGAAAGCAAUUGGGACAGACUUGUGUACAUAAAUGGAGGAUAUGAUGAACUCUCUGUAAGUUGAAACCUCUCUCUUUCUUUUAUGCUUAUCAUAGAUUUGACCAUUUAUUUUGGGAUGGGGGAGAUGAAGAAGAAGAAGAAGUCGGCAUUAUUUGAUCUCACUGUUUGUAAAAUGGUGGGUUAAGAUUGUUUUGUUUUUGUUUUUGUUUUUUUUGGAGAAUGGAGAGAUUUGUUUGGUUUGUCCAUAGGGACAAGAAUUAACUAACUAUAUACAUUAUUGUUUUUUUUUUAGUGAAACAAAACUCCUCAAUAAAUUUCUUUUUUUCUUUUUC